AAACUUGAGCAUUACAACGCGUAAUCGUUGUAAGGAUCCAGAUUGGGGGAGAGCUGCCUUACGCAACCAUAUACCUCCUUUGGUAAUACUUUGUGGAAAUCCUUGAUUGAACGUUGAAUACCUUUACUACGUUACAAGAUGGGAGGCGAACAAUCUUCCCUAAGUAAAGUAUGGUCUGCUGUGAGCUGGUGGCUACCUGGAUGGGAAGAUGACCUGGAAAAAGAUAAAAUUGGUUUAACAUCACGUCAAAGAAAAUCUGUUGUUCAAAUGUGGACAGAAGUUAAUAAGAAUAAAAUUUACAUCGGAUGUCAAAUAUUUGUAAAGCUAUUUAUUAAAUAUCCAGAGACGAGGCAAAUGUUUCCCUCUCUUCGUAAAUUAACUUUCGAUGAGACCUUCGCAAAAAGUCCAAAAUUACGUGCACAUUCGGGACGAUUUAUGGGAUUGCUGUCAACGUGUAUUGAGAACAUUAAUGAGCCCGAAAUGUUCGAACAGCUCUUAAUCGGUCUAGCUACAUCUCACCAUCGAUUUAAGGUUAAAACAACCGACUUCCAGGCUCUUGGUCCAUUAAUUGAUGAUGCGUUUGAGGAGUCUCUUGGUGGAGAAUUUUCAAAAGAAAGAAGAAUAGCCUGGAACAUAUUUGCUGAGUACAUGUUUAAUAUAAUAAAUACUGAACUACUAGCAAUCGAGAGCCAACACGAGGAAAUGUGAUAUACAGUUUAUAUUAUGUGUUUGAGUAUCGAGGUAGGUUUAUACCGACCACGUGCUCCAUGGAGAAACCGUAUUAAACAUUAAAUAUAUUGUAGGCAUUCACGGCUGUCUAGUUACUGUGUAGUUGUAGGCCUAUGGAUCGUCUUACUAAGUAUAUUUUAUAUGAUGUGGGAGGCCUAGUAUAAAUAUGUAUAUUUCAACCAACUAUGUUUCAUAUCAUGUUUUAAUUUGCUUGAUACUUGUUGGCGUGUGGGCCCAGAUACUACCGGCAAACCAACGACGAUUAAUUAUUUUAAAGAAUCAUAUAUUUAAUCGAUGAAUUUUAGACGUUAGAGAUUAAAGCUAUACCACCAGGGGACCUUAAUGAUUUUAAUAAUGUUUGAAAUUCCUGCCUAUAUACAACACUGAUAGUAAGUGCGAAUUAUGACAGUUCUACUCACGAACUUGCUGCAGUACUGUUUCUUUGCCCAUUUUAAGUAUUUUUCAUCUGAUUAAUAGCCUAUUCACAAACAUGUUUGUCUUUUGUUAUUCACUGCUACAGUACCGUACCAUUUCUCAUAAUUUUUGCUCGUUUUAAGCAUUUUUUACUCUAAUUGAUAGCCUACUCACAAACAUGUUUGUCUUUUGUUAUUUUCUGCGGCAGUACGGUACCAUUCCUUAUAUUUUUGCUCCUUUUAAGCAUUUUUUACUCUAAUUGAUAGCCUAUUCACAAACUUGUUUGUCUUUUGUAAUUCUCUGCUGUAGUACUUCUUUUUUUUUUUUGGCUCAUUUUAAGUAUUUUCUUGACUCAUAAAUUCAUGUGCUGACUAUCAACUAUCUCAGAAACAACCUUUUGUUUGAUUUAAAUUAUUUCCACAGAUCUUCAUUCAAGCUUCAUUUUACAUGUUAGUUUCAUCUUCAAUUUUACCAUUACUUAAUUGAUACUCCAAUGUAACUUUACUUAAUUCCUACAUUUUAAUACAAAGUUUUACAUUAUUAAUGAUUUGAAUUUUUUUGACAAAUGAUCUAUAUUUUAUCUUUAUUGUUGAUAAUUGUGAUAUUUUUAAUAUCUAGGGGAACCACUCGAUAGUUGGUUUAGUUCGCUUUUUUGGUUUUCCUCUCUUGUUGUUUCUCAUUGCAUCUGUUUGUUCUUCCUUUUUGAAUAUUUUUGAGAGAAAUAAAUGAAAUGAAAUUAA